CUCUUGUAUUAAAUUAAUAAAAUCUAGAAACACAUGAGGAAUGACAUCUACAUCAUCAGUAAUACAGAUAAAACGAGCGAUACCCCCUCCCAACUCCUAAAAAAAAAAAAAAAAUUCAGUUGAGAAAAUAGGACGAACACAGCACCAGGAUCUGACGACGAGUUUUCAAAGCCAACACCGCGGACUUGACAGCCUCCUUGACCCCGGGUACAAAGCAACCAAUGGAAGGGGACACGACCGACACUCGGAGCAUAACAACAUACCCUUCCCGCAGCCCCCUCCUUUACCUGAUACCCCUACCUGUGCCUACUCGCUUUACAGCAAAAGUAAACUCGACGAUAAAAACAACCCCCUCACCAAAACACCCUUUCCCUUCUCUUUCUUUAGUUCACGCAGGCAAUGGGAGUAUCUGUUGUUUCCCGUUAUGACGCAGAGAGAACAACGAGAUGGGGGUGGAGAGGAUGGGGAAUGUUUAGUUGGGGGGAAAGGAGAGAUUGAUGGAAAGCUCAACGCUCCAAUAAGAUGUGCCGCACGUCACGUGCACGAAGUGCUGAGAAAUGUUUACGUGCAUUUACUCGCCAAGUUAACUGGGCCAUGUGGUGUUACAUGUUGCCUUCCUUCCUUCAGUGUUGAUGGAAAAACUUCACUGCUCCCGGGCUCAGGAAUGAUAAAAAAGAAAAUAGCUUUACCGAAAACAUUUGUACCUCCGAGGAGUUCUUCAUGAGUGGUAACUAGACUUUAUCCAGCCACAGAACUUACUGAUCUGAUAAUUUAAUUUUAUUAAACGACGCAAAAUGUCUGUUACUUAGAUUAUCAUAAGUUCUCGUUUUCUUCCAAUUACCUCCGAGAUCCACAGAAGAUUAAUUGACAGAUAGUCUGAGAUGGCCAGCGUGCAAGUGAACAAGCGCGUGUUAUGGCUGGUAGGAUUUCUCUUCGUGGCAAUUCCCGUUGUUGUUGGAGUCCUGGUGUGGCAUUUCACUAAGACAGACCAGCAGUCCUCGUUUGAGAACACCCUCGGCGGAAACGUCACGACACCCACAGAUGCGUCCAGCACAUCUUCACCCGCUUCCACAACCCCGACACCGGAAGAGGUGGCCAGCAAACCGUGGCUGGGACUGCGCCUGCCCACCUCGCAGACCCCUUUACAUUACGACAUCGUUCUCUACCCAGAUUUUUACGACAACCACAGCACGUUUUACGGCAACGAAACUGUGGACGUAGAAAUCGCACGUGACACGCGCUACGUCCUGAUCCACGUCUUCGAACAACUGCACGUGGAGACCGUGAGUCUCCGUGAUGCCAACACCAAUGCCACCCUGGACUUGGAGAGAUUCUUCUACUUCCGGGACAACGAGUUCCUGGUCGUUGAAACCAAGGAGACGGUGGCGGCGGGAAGCGUGGUGCAACUGUACCUGCAGUUCCGAGGGCUGCUCAACGAGUCCAUCGUUGGAUUUUACAAAAGCAGUUAUGUCAACUCAUUGACAAACGAAACAAGGCACUUGGCAACUUCCAAAUUUGAGCCUGUGAGCGCCAGGCGAGCCUUCCCGUGCAUGGACGAGCCUGCUCUCAAGGCUCAGUUCAGUGUCAAGUUAAUACACCCCGGAUACAUCGCCUUGUCCAACAUGCCACCCCGGGGAUCUGUGAGUACUGCCCCAUGGUUGGUAGCUACAAGUUUUCAGAAAUCAGUGAAAAUGAGUACCUACCUCGUCUGCUUCAUCGUCUGCGAUUUCCAGUACACCAAGAAUACCACUAACAAUGGCACUGAGGUGAGUGUAUAUGCUACACCAGACAGGGUGAACCAGACUGUCUACGCACUGAGUGUGGCCGUACGCACGUUAGAAGAGUACCAACGACUGUUCAACAUUUCCUACCCGCUACCUAAGCUAGAUCUGAUCGCCAUCCCAGACUUUGUGUCCGGCGCCAUGGAGCACUGGGGGCUGAUCACAUUCCGGGAGGUCAACCUGCUCUACGAUCCGGCAAAGACUUCAGAGGCCGGCAAACAGCGAGUAGCGGUUGUAGUGGCUCAUGAAGUGUCACACCAGUGGUUUGGUAACUUGGUGACCAUGGCAUGGUGGAAUGACCUCUGGCUCAACGAAGGCUUUGCCACUUUUAUGGAGUACCUUGGUGCUGAAUCUGUUGAAAAGGACUGGGAAAUGAUGCAGCAGUUCAUCACGGAGGAAUCCCAGCCUGUGAUGGUCACUGACGCUGGCGUCUCCUCACAUCCCAUAAUAGUCAACGUCAACAAACCCGAUGAAAUUAACGAAGUGUUUGAUGCCAUUUCAUAUAGCAAGGGAGCUGCAGUGAUCAGGAUGCUGGAAGCCAUCAUCGGGAAGGACAAGUUUUUCGAAGGCGUAUCACAUUAUCUCAAGAAACAUGAGUGGGGCAAUGCGGUAACUGACGACCUAUGGCAAGCCCUGAGUGAGGUUGACGGAGCCCACAACGUGAAGCGCAUCAUGGACACGUGGACUUUGCAGAUGGGCUUCCCGUAUGUCAGCCUCUCGUUCUCCACCAGCGCCAACAACAACACCAUCAUCACUGCCACCCAGACUCGGUUCCUGGCUGACCCAGGACACCAGACAACCGACGGCGAGUCGCCUUUCAAAUAUAUGUGGUAUAUUGUCCUUGACUGUCUCGCAUCUUCUGGUGGUACAAACGGCAGCAUCAUGGAGUUAGGGAACGCUACUUUUCUAAUGGACGGAGAUAUAUCGGAUAACAACAGCAGCUGGCUGAAAUGUAACCUGAAUCAGACGGGAUUUUACCGAGUGAAUUAUCCCUCAUUCAUGUGGAAGAACUUGGCUGUGAUGCUCAGAGACACGCCCGGAAAGCUGAGUGCAGCGGACCGUUCAGGUCUUCUCGAUGACGCCAUGAGCCUCGCACGAGCGGGUCUCCUUGACUACGACGUCGCCUUGGAAAUGACCUCUUACCUUUCCAAAGAGGACAGUUACAUACCUUGGCGCAGCACGUUCACCUCCUUGACCUACAUCUCCUCUAUGUUGAGCCUCGACACAAAUUUCGCUCUUUGGAGGAAAUUUGUUUUGGGCAUCGUGACUCCCUCACUACGCCGUCUCGGGUGGGCAGAUGUCGGCAGUCAUAACCAACGGUCGCUUCGUGGAGUGCUGAUAGACCUGGCGUGUAGACAUGAAGACCAGGCCUGCUUUGCUAACACUACUGCUCAGUUCCGGAACUGGCUGGACCACGGAAUCGAACCUGCUGUAAACCUAAAGAGCCUUGUGUACAAGUACGGUAUAUGGGCUGGGAGCAGCGCCGAUGACUGGGAAUCCUUGUGGGAACGCUACAAAGUUGAAGUAGUUCCACAAGAAAGGAGAAGUCUUCUCGGUGCUUUGGCCAUGACCAGAACUCCAUGGCUCCUUGAGAGGCUUCUGGAUUAUGCUCAGGAAGGCGUCUUUAUUCGGAGACAAGACUUCAUCGUCGUUGUACAGCUUGUAGCCGCCAACCCCGCAGCUCGAGGUCUUCUGUGGAACUGGGUCAGGCGGAACUGGUCCCAAUUUGUUGACAGAUUUACCUUGUUCGAUCGCUACUUUGGCCAAGUGGUACCAUACACUACUUCUAAUUUUAACACUGAUUUCGACAAGGGGCAGGUAGAAGAGUUCUUCCGGAAGUAUCCGGAGGCCGGCGCAGGCGCAAGAGGACGUAAACAAGCCUUGGACCGCAUACAACAAAACAUAUACUGGAUGACCAACUUCAAACCGGUCGUCACUAAGUGGUUACGACACAAGGGUUAGGAGACAGGAGACAUAGGAGACAUAGGAGCCAACUAAGCAGGAGAGGAUGUGCACAAGGCAGCGAGCAGUGUAGCUGAAGCAUUUUGUAACCAGGCUGAAACUAUUUUACACGAACUCCUGCAACCUAUGAGUGCUGUGAGAUAAGAGACAAUAUGUCUGAAAAUAAUUAUUAUUAUUAUUAUUAUUAUUAUUAUUAUUUCAGGCAACUCAAAAAGCAGAGAACAAUUGGGUUUUUUUUCUUUCACCUUGUGUAAAAAACGUGAAUCUGUUUCUUUAAAAACAAUUAAACUUUAUAAAAGAAAAAUCAGUCUCAGAAACUAACGCAAUACUCUGUGAACAUUAAAAGGAAAAUGAACUUUAAUAAAAUAACAAUACAAAAUCAAAAGUAAGAGCGAUUCCAGUCUAAAAAUCUUUAAACGUUUCCAUGGAAGAUUGUAUAUAUUUUGAUGGCACUUUCACGCAUUUCCUUCUACUGAUAUUUCGUUUUGAAGAAUAAUGAAAGGAGAAAAUGUCAGCGUAAUAUGUAAAUAGGGAACUGAUUAAAAUAUAAACUAUUUUCCUA